AUGGGUGGCUUAAUCAGUCUUCUGCGAGACAUAAAAACAAUCUACAAAGACCUCAAGGUAACUUUGAAGCUCACGGCCAGAAUUGUGCUCAAAGUGCACGGGAUUGUAGACGAUGUGGAACACACUGUUCAAGAACUAAAAGCUGCCGUGAAAGGGUUAUCUGCGAAAAUCAGCCCGGAGAAUGGCAAGGGCGAGGUCGCAUUUGAUGCUUUGGUGGAAAACGUGGAAACUAAAGCUACUAUGUUGAAAACAUCUCUCAUCGAAGCUACAAGCCAAGUUUUUAACGAAGAUCUUCUCAAGAAUACUCAGCAAAAAUGGGAAAAGGUAAUGGAGUACUCUAGACAAAGCAGUGAGGCUUUAACAAACAUCAUCGCUAGUACUUCAUUCUACACCAGUGUCGUGCAGGGCGCAAGCGAUGCAGAACGUGCAGGUGUUGAGGAAAAGAAUAUUUCACUGUUAGAGGUAAAGGAAAAAGAAGAAGAGGAUGAAAAAAGCAAUGCUCAGAGUAAUCAAGCUAUCGUUCCCGUUUUCAACGAGCCGCCUAGCACACUUUCCGGUGUAGAAGAAGAUGUUCGAGAUUUUGAGAUUCUGCCCUCGUUCGAUUUGAUGGACAGCUUUUGGAAAUGUGACAUUGGGUGUUUUAACAUUGAUUGCGUAGAUCUUCAACGGCUUCCAGCCAGACAACAAAGAAAUGGCGAAGUAAACGGACAAUUAAGGAAGAGGAAAACAAAGAAACGCGGUGGGAAGUCAGCAAAGCUGUGCAAAAAGACAGGGAUUUCGGGUACAAGUUCAGGCCACACCCCGGUGAAGUAUCACAACCACAAACAAAAACGACCAAGAGAAAAUAUCGCCUUAGAAGUAAUAUUUCUGAUAGCCUUGUUAGUGGAGGGCGCAGCGAUGUCCAACAACAACCUGUUAACUCGUGAACGUUUGUGGAACGAAUGCAACUAUGGCAGCUACAGCAGCGCCGCUGAAAUAUUAGAACUGGAUGACUAA